CGGUCCCGCCUCCUUCCCCCCGCCAGCAGGAGGCCAUGGGGCCGGUGGGCACGGCGGCGGUGCGAGAUGGCGGCGCCGCGCUGCCCGGCGGCUUCUGGGCGGCGGUGCGCGUCUGGCUGGAGAAGCCGCAGGUGGCCAACAGGCGGCUGUGCGGCGCCGCCAUCGAGGCGGAGGGGACGGUGCUGCUCGGGGAAAGCGAGGGAGGGUCUCCCCGUCUCACCGCUGUGCCAGGAGGAGGGACAGAUGAGGGACCGCAGGGGGCUGCGGAGCUGAGCCGGCUGUGGAGGGAGGUGAGCGGGCACCUGCCGCCCUCCCUCACGGCCCGGGGCCGGCCGGGCUCCGAGCUCCGCGCCGUGCUGAGGACGCUGCUGCCCCGGGCACGGCCCGCCGGGCCCCCUGCCCCUCCGACAAAGGAGCUGGUGGUACAAGAUGUUUACAGUGGAAUUGUGACCUUUCUGCCUUUGGAGGAAAACAAGGAAGGAAAAUACCAGAUUAAAAAGUGCAAUACUUAUGAAAUUCAGCUUACGCACAUAAAAGAUGAAGAAUGGUCUGUGUCUAUUGUUGCUCUGUCUUCAGAAGAUUGGUUUUCAGAUGGAAUUACAUACCCCAAACUAGCAUGGCUUGGAAAUGAACUUUUGCCCAAACUGGCUAAGUGGUCUGUGGAGCAAAAGCACAGUGAGUUUAGAAGUACACUCUCACUCAUUUCUGUAGCAAAAUACUGCAAGGUUUAUCAAGACCUUAAAGAAAAAUACAAGGAGAUGGUAAAGGUAUGGCCUGAAGUAACAGAUCCUGAGAAGUUUGUAUAUGAGGAUGUUGCCAUUGCUACUUACUUGCUGAUUCUCUGGGAAGAAGAGAGAAAAGAAAAAGGAUUGGCCAAGAAACAGUCAUUUGUAGAUCUUGGAUGUGGAAAUGGUCUACUGGUUCAUAUUCUAAGCAGUGAAGGGCACUCUGGUAGAGGAAUUGAUGUGAGGAGAAGAAAAAUAUGGGACAUGUAUGGACCAGAAACUCAUUUAGAGGAAUUAUCUAUCAUGCCAGGUGAUAGUCAUCUCUUUCCAGAUACUGAUUGGCUGAUAGGAAACCAUUCAGAUGAAUUAACGCCAUGGAUACCUGUAAUUGCAGCCAGGUCUUCCUAUUCAUGUAGCUACUUUGUGCUGCCAUGUUGCUUCUUCGAUUUUCAUGGAAAAUACAGUCGAAAACAAAGCAAGAAGACUCAGUACAGAGAAUAUCUUGAUUUUGUUGCCGAAGUGGGAUCUGUAUGUGGUUUUCAUGUGGAAGAAGACUGCCUUAGAAUUCCAUCAACAAAAAGGGUGUGCCUUAUUGGAAAAAACAGGACCUAUCCAUCUACAGAAUGUGCUUUGAUUGACAAUCAGAUAACACGGUAUAUUCAUAAUCGUCAGACUUGUCCUGUGGUUGCAUGUGACAGAGGAGUUGGAUUUAAUCAUAAAGAUUGCUCUGAUGUAUGCAAAGAAGCAGGCUCAGGACUUCCUGAAAAUGAAAUGGAAACUUCUGGUAGAAUUUGGAUGCCUGGAUUUCAACCCAGAGAAAAAGUAGAGCAAAUCAGAAAUUGCGCUGCCCUCCCUCGAGAUUUUGUAGAUGAUGUGGUUCUGAAUGUGGCAAAUUUGCUAUUAAAUACAGUCCCCCAAAAAUCAUGUUCUAAUACUCACGGUGGAAAUAUGAAUACCUGGAAUCAAGGAGAAAGCCUUUCCUUGAGAGAAGUAGCAGAACAUUUAAAUAAAGAGACUUUAAGGAGGCUGAAGAGUGAAUAUGGAGGCUUACAGACACUGCUCAAGAACAAUCAUCAAGUAUUCGAAGUUCUAAAUGGGAGAGUUCAUAUUCGUGACUGGAGAAAAGAGAAGCCAUCAAGGAAAACUAAGCCUGAAGUAAAACGAUGCCUUUCAGCUGAAGCAUAUAAAACACGUCUCUGUUGGUUUUUCAUUCAUCAUCCUAAUGGUUGUGCUUUGCCUUCUGAAUCUUGCCCAUAUGCGCAUGGGACUGAGGAGCUAAGACAGUCUAAGACUAUUAAAAAGAAAAAACAUACACAGUGUUAAAAAUCUGCCACUUAUUUUGAAGUUCGUGUGUAUAACUGAAUUUGACUGACUUUGGGGGACCACUUAGUGCAUGAAGACCUGUAAAGUUUUUUUUGUUUUCUCAUUCCUAUGUAUCUUGUUUUCUAGUUGGUUUACAAGUUCUCCUGUAUUUUAAUUAUUUUAUUAUUGACAUGGAAAGGUUGUAGUAAAAUAUAUACAUACUUC